AUGUCUCUUCUUCAACUGCCCACAGAGUCGCUGUGCAGUAUUUGUUCAUUUCUCAUCGGAGAGUUAUUUGACAAUGACCGUGAUCGGGAACAAGCCAAAUUGAAACGAAUCUCACAUCGGAAGAGUCAUCAAUUAUUGAGUGAUCAUCAAAAUGAUGUUUUGGGAGAAAUUAUUGGAACAUCCCGAUUUUCAUUGAAUGAAAUGUUAAGCCUUUUCUCAUUGAAAUUUACAUGUAAAAAGAUGUUUCAAUUUGUACAUGAGAAUGAAGCCUUGUGGUUUUCCAUUGUUUUUGAAUUUCCAGGAAUUUUCAAUUAUCAGAGUCGGGUUGAGAGAUCUCGAUUUAUGAGUCAUCUGAUGAUGCAUCAAGAGGAAGAAUCAUCAUUAUCGGAACACUUUGAGAAUAGGAAUGAAACGGUUAUUUCCAAUAUGCAUGAUGACAUGUUCAAUGCUUUGGAACUAAUUCAUGUUUUGUGUGAUUGUAAAAAAGUUGUGAAAAGAUUGUGUUUGAAUUAUUCGGCAGAGGUGCUGAAUUUUCCGAAUGUUUUGGAAAAGAAGUUUCAAUACUUGAAUUAUCCUUCAACUGACACGCGUAGUAAUAAUUUGCCAAUAUUUGAUUGUAAAUUGUUAUUAGAGUUUUUCGCAGAAACAUUUCCUAAUAUUCAAGAAUUGUUGCUUUUCCAACGAGCGGGUAAGCUUGGAGCAAGACCAAACAUAUCGAGCUCGUUAAAUAUUUCUGUGAAAAAAAGUUGGAAGAAUAUGAAACAUAUUGCAGUGGAUAUUGUUUUUGAAAAUUGUGUACAAUUGUUAGUCGCACACCUGUCAUCAUUGGAGCGAAUCACAUUGGUAAAUCAUCAAAGCAAUUUUGGAAUUUUUGUAGAUGUUUGUCGACAAUUAAUUGAACAAGGAGUUUUCACAUCUGACAAAUUGGUUUCAGUCGAAUUAAUGGGCUCCAUAGAUUCAAAAUACUUCCACACUCUCCACACCAUGUUCAAAAAUUUCUACGGUGAACAGAAUUAUUCCAAGUAUAUUUCCAAGUUUAGAUCGUUCAAUGUUUUGCAGCUUAGUCCUUCCCAUGAAAUUACCAACACACAUUUUACGAGUUUAAUCUCUAAUUUGGUAGAUCUGACAUUGGUUCAAUACCAAAGCGCUGAUGUACUUGAUUUGAGUUCUUCCUCAUUUCCAAGUUUAAGAAUUCUUAAUUUGAAAGGAUGUAUGCAGGAUUUAGUGUUGAAGGGCAUGCGAGCUCCUGUUCUUCACUGUCUUCAUCUUCGAAUGUUUUGUAUUCCUGAACGUGACACAUUUUAUUCGCUCGCUCAUUUAACUCUUGAUAACUGCAAAGGUUCAGAUCCUGAAAGUUGGUUUGCACAGCACGAGGGUUUACGUACUUUCAAAAUUAUUACCUCCAAUAUGGUUCAUGAACGCAGUGCAGAAUUUUCUUUUAGAGAUCAUCCUAAAAUUGAGUCGAUCCGUGUUCAAGGAUCUGAGAAAGUGGAAAUCAUGGAUUGCAAUUCUCUUCGAAACAUCCAGAUUGAGAAUUGUAGAGAUGUGAAACUGUUGCUUCCACACGGUCAUUUAUCAAGUUUUGUGCUUCAUGACGACAUUGAGGCCAUGUCAGAUCAAUGCAUGUUAGAAAUGGACCUCGAACACUGUGCCACGUUCAUCGUGAGCACCAACUACAAGAGAACAUUUAUGUUUCAUCAAAGGACAACAAUAGAUCAUCUCAUAGUCAAGGAAAUGCACUUACUCAGCUGUCACCAAUUUGAUGAUCUACUCACCAAACACACGAUUACCAGAUUCAUUCAAUUAUCAAGUCAUAAUUCAUUAACCUCGACCGAGAGAUUCACGCUUUCAUUAGUCUCAGGUCUUGCUUCUGUAUGUGUGGAAAGAAAGCUUAAAUCGAAAAAUGGCUAUGAAAUAGAAUCAGUGGAAACAACUCCGACAUGUCUUCAACAACUUACAUGUUUGGAGAGCCUUGAAAAUGAAACUAUUCGUAACGUAACGUUCCAGAGAGUAUCAUGCAAUAUCAAUUGUGAGAAUAUCAAUUUACUGUGCUUGGUACGAUGUCAAAAAUUUUCAAUUUCUAAGAAAACUUUUGAAACUUUGAAAUAUUUAACAAUUUCACAUUUCGUAAGCACAGAACACCAACACUUGUCAUUGCGUGACAUGCCUCUUCUUUGUGAGAUUAAUGUGUUACAUUCAAAUAUUCAUUUUGAAUCCACAACACCUUUCACACACAUGUAUAUUCGAUCCAUGGUAUUUCAAUGCGCCUCACACAUUCAUCUCAAAUAUUUAACUGCUCCCAAGUUACUACGAUUGAUCAUUGAACGCGACGAAAUGUUUUACUCUUUGUCAAAUAGUGGCAUAGAAGAUGCUGUUAUUUUGCAUGAAUUACAUUGUCCAUGCUUACUGGUUAAAAUUAUUCCAGCAUUUUUUGAAAAGAAAAAUUGUUUCAUUCAAUUACCUUUUAUGGAAAAGAGAUCCAAAGUUGAUAGAACAAAAGACAGUAUCGAUCCCACCGUCACUAGUGACGGCCGUGGUAGUAGUUGUUUGAUCAUGUGA